GCCCAUCAGUUGUCGCUGUCCAUAGCUACAAGCAGUCAAGCACUGGACAGAUAAAACCGGCGCGGUCCUUGCCUCGUCUUUCCUUCCCUCAAUUUUCACCGUCCUGGGGGUUUAUUUAGGGUUUCUAAUCUACUGUUUUGCUUUCUAUCCAUGGCGAAGCCAAAGCGAGGCCGUACCUCGCCUUCUGGUUCUGGUUCGGGCUCGUCCUCCCGGUCCCGCUCCAAUUCACGGUCACGCUCUUACUCCGGUUCAGAUUCUCGCUCCAGCUCACGCUCCCGGUCUUUGUCCUCUCGAUCUCGCUCCAGAUCGUUCUCUUCAUCCUCCUCCCCUUCUCGCAGUCUCAGCUCUGCUAGCCGCAGCCCUCCUGCUCAGAGAAAGAGUCCUGCUGCUGAAGUGGCUAAACGAGGCCGUUCUCCACCACCGCAAUCUAGAAAAAUUUCUCCGCCAAGGAAGACUUCUCCCAUUCGCGAGUCUCUUGUUCUUCACAUUGACUCGCUCAGCAGGAAUGUGCAUGAGGGCCAUUUAAAAGAGAUAUUCAGUAACUUUGGUGAAGUUGUACAUGUGGAGCUGGCAAUGGACCGUACUGUUAAUCUUCCAAAAGGAUAUGGAUAUGUUGAAUUCAGGACAAGGGCUGAUGCUGAGAAGGCCCUACUAUACAUGGAUGGGGCCCAGAUUGAUGGCAAUGUUGUUCGAGCAAGGUUCACAUUACCGCCGCGGCAGAAGGUUUCACCACCCCCAAAACCUAUUGCUGCUGCUCCAAAGCGAGAUGCUCCCAAAACUGAUAAUGCAAGUGUAGAUGUUGAGAAGGAUGGACCACAAAGGCAAAGAGAACCUUCUCCCCGUCGGAAACCUCUAGCCUCUCCUCGAAGAAGAUCCCCUGUUACUCGAAGAGGUGGAUCCCCUAGACGUCUUCCAGAUUCUCCUCCACGUCGACGUGUAGAUUCUCCUUCACAUCGGCGAAUAGAGUCUCCUUAUCGUCGUGGGGAUACACCACCAAGACGGAGACCAGCAUCCCCAGCUAGAGGUCGUAGUCCAUCUCCACCAAGGCGUUAUAGAUCCCCUGCAAGGGGCUCUCCCAGAAGGAUUCGCGGCGGCCCUGUUCGCAGACGUUCUCCUCCUCCUCCAAGGCGACGCACACCUCCUAGACGAGCCCGUAGUCCUCCAAGAAGGUCCCCACUUCGUCGACGUAGCCGAUCUCCAAUUCGUAGGCCUGCUCGCUCACGUUCAAGAUCACUUUCACCGAGGAGCAGAGGCCGAGCUCCUGCUGCUAGACGUGGGAGGUCAUCAUCCUAUUCCAGGUCACCUAGUCCACGCAAGGUCACCCGCAGGAUAUCAAGGAGCCGUAGUCCUAGAAGGCCUUUGAGGGGAAGAAGCACCAGCAACAGCAAAAGCAGCAGCUCACCACUUCGUAACCCAUAGGUAUUAUUUGCUGCAAUGCAGUCCGUUACCCCCACACCCCAACCCUUCUCUUUCUUUUCCUCCAUCCAAAAAAAUUUGAUAUCUGUGAAUGCUGUAAUAGUUAAGAUCUGUUUCAGUAUGGAGAAAUACUUUGAUUUCCUGUGAUGUGAUAGGGCUUGAUAUUGUUCUCAGGGUCGUUUGUUUUGCUUCAUGGGUCCCAUGCAGUUCGUGCUAGUUAGGAAUAUUUGUGGAGAACUAUCUAAAUACAUUUUGGUUAAUUUGUGUUGAAUUUUAUGUAGAAUACUUGUUUAGUUU